AUGCGAGAUUGGAACUGGUUAUUGUGUUGCCUGGGUGCAGUUGCUAUUUUCCUUCUUGGAUGGAGCCACAGCAGGGAUGCAGAUAUUCUUAAAGCGGUGCCUCGGAUUGACCAGUUGAGCGAAUUGGCAAAAUUGUUGGAUGCUGAGCAUGUGCCCUUGGUGGUUGGAAUUUCAGUGAGAGUUUGCUCUGAAACCCCCAUAAACUGUGAGUUUGGUGGUUUACGAGGUGUAAUUGUGGAGCAAUGCGCAGAACAAAAGUUUUUGAAACGCAACGUGGAUGGUGAUUGGAGAUCGGGUUCUGAUUUUAUGCUUUCAACGUGCAAAGAAGUCCCCUGGUAUUUGGUGCCUCAGGCUUUAACCUUCCGGGCUUCAAGUGGGGCAUUUGAACAGUCAAGGAGAUGCCUCAAAUGUGAGACAAUAGAUUACCGCCCAGGCCUCAAGGUACUUGGAGUCAAACAAACUGAGUGGGUACUUCCAGUUGGUACUUCUUUGAGUGUUGUUGGCGAGGUUGUCAAAGAUGCCGUUGGUACCAUUCGAAUUCAAAAACCCCACGAUGCCCACGAUGGGCCAUUUUAUGUCUCUCCCAAAUCCAUUGACGAGCUCAUUGCAAGCCAUAGGAACUGGGGAAGAUUUCUUUACCAGGUUUCUCAAAUAUGCAUCUUUUGGUUUGGCUUUCAUCGGUCUUACUUUGAUUGCCAUGGAACUUUGAUUGCCAUGGAAUUUAAUGAAUACAUCAUGGAAAGACAGCGCCGCUUUGAAUUGCAGAGAAGCCUGACCAGGGCUGUUGCUGCAGCUUCUGUAAGACCUGGGGAAGAUGAUGAAGGUUCAGACGAAGGGGCUGUUGAUGCAUCAAAUGGUACCAAUUCAUGUGUGAUAUGCCUUGAGCAGGAGUAUAGUGUUGUUUUUCUCCCGUAA